AUGGCCGAAGUGAUCUCGAGCGCCGCCACGGGUGUGUUGGGCUCCGUCAUCGACAAGCUGGCCGCCAUGCUCACCGACAAGUACAACCUCGCCAGAGACGUCAAGCAAGGGAUCCGGUCCCUGCAAGACGAGCUGCGCACCAUGGAAGCCAUGCUGCUGAGGCUCGAAGACAAGGAUGACGACCAGAUCGAUCCACUCGCCAAAGACUGGAGGAGCAAGGUGCGUGAGCUGUCCUACGAUAUUGAGGAUUGCAUCGACCGUUUUGUGCUCAAUCACAGCCAUGGAGAUGGAGGUUCCACGGCCAACUUCGUGCACAAGGCCAUUCAAAUGGUGAAAACGUUGUUCAAGGACAGAGGAAUAGCAGAGGAGAUCCGACGACUCAAGAGGCUCGUGAGCGAGCAGAGCGAGCGGGGGAAACGCUACUACGACAUCAAUCAGUGUCUCCUCGCCUCUUCAUCUCAGCCAGUGCUCUUGGAUCCUCGAGCACCUGCACUCUUUCAGGAGGCCAGGGAUCUUGUUGGAAUCGAUGCUCCUCGUGAGGAGAUCAUCAGCUUAUUGAGAUGUGAAGACAAGGAGCACAAGGUGGUGUCCAUCUAUGGGAUAGGUGGACAGGGGAAGACCACUCUCGCCAUAGAGGUGUACCACAAAAUCACUGAAGCUGCUUUUGAUAGCCAGGCUUUUGUGUCUGUAUCACAAACUCCAGAUAUGAAGAAACUUCUUAGAGAUAUAUUGUCUCAAAUAAGCAAGAGCCAUUUUGACCAGUCACAGAUGUUAGACACAGUUGAGCAGCUCAUCCGCACAGUGAAAGAAUGCUUAAAGGACAAGAGGUACUUCAUCUUGAUUGAUGAUAUCUGGAGUGUAUCAGCAUGGGAGCUUGUACGAUCUGCCUUACCUGUCAAUGACAAUGGAAGCAGAAUUAUUACUACAACACGCAUUGAAGCAGUAGCCAAAUCUUGUUGUACUGGUAUUGCUGCACAAAUGUAUCAAGCAAAGCCCCUUAGUCAUGAGGACUCCCAAAGAUUAUUCUUUAAGAGGCUAUUUUUGUCCGGUGAUGAUUGCCACCCAAAUUUGAGGAAAGUAUCCGAUGAUAUUUUAAAGAAAUGUUGCGGCUUACCACUAGCCAUAAUCAGUAUAGCUGGUUUAUUAGCAAACAGAAGUAAAGCAGUGGAAGUCUGGGUCAAUGUAUUGAGGUCUAUUGCUGCUGCUGUUGACAAAGAUUCUCCCAUUGAUAGGAUGAAAAGAAUUCUGCUGCUGAGUUACGUUGACCUUCCUCACCAUCUAAAGAGCUGUUUGCUAUAUCUGAGUGUGUUUCCAGAGGAUUCUUUGAUUGAUUGCCAACAGUUGAUAUUGCUAUGGGUAGCCGAAGGACUGAUUCCUGGACAGGACAGGGAAAGUAUGGAGCAGCUAGGGAGAAGUUACUUGAAUGAGCUCAUCAAUAGAAGUUUGGUGCAGCCAACCAAUGUUGACGUAGAUAGCACAACAGCGAAACAGUGCAUAGUUCAUGAUGUCAUACUUGAGUUCAUUGUAUCAAAAGCCGUGGAGGACAACUUUGUUACUAUAUGGAAUGGUAAUGGUUUUUCUAAAAAUUAUUCUUCGAACAAGAUUCGCCGUCUAUCCAUCCAAAAAGACAUUUCUUCCCAGGCGGAAGAGAUUGCCAAGACAAUAAAAAAUGGAGCUCAGAUCCGGUCCAUCAAUAUCUUUGGCUCAAAUUCAGUUCUGGUUAAUAAGCAUGCCACAGAGUUCUUAAACAGCCAAGUCUUGCGAGUGCUGAAUAUUGAAGUUGAAUAUUGUCAAUGCCCUCUUGGACAUGUCAAAAGUUUAGGUCAGUUGAAGUACUUGAGGAUACUCUCCAAAUAUUCGGCCAUCAAGCUUCCAGAAGAUAUAGAAAAGCUGCAACGUCUAGAGACACUAGAAGUGAGAUGGGCCAGGCUUGAAAACCUACCAACAUGUAUUAUCCAGUUGCAUAAGUUGGUGCGCCUUUUUGUCGAUGCGUCGGUGCGCCUACCCGAUGGAAUCGGAAGUCGGCAGGCGUUGGAAGAGCUAUCAUUGAUCAAUUUGGAUAUUCAAUCUGUAAAGUUUAUCCAAGGACUCGGUGAUCUGACCAAUCUGAAAUUACUUAAAAUUGUUUGGCCCUUCUCUAAUGGAUUACAUGUUAUGAAGGAUAUGAAGGAUCACAUGGAAGCAUGUAUCUCAACGCUCUCCAGGCUGUUCAGUCGCCUGCGAGAACUACAUGUGUGGCAGAGUGAUCGUGAUGCCACAUGUUCAUUCAUGGCUUCGUGUGUCCCUACUCCACCACCGCUUCAAAUGCUUUUUCUUGAUACACAUAACUUAAAUAGUGUGGGCCCUCAAAUUAGCUCACUAGUCAACCUGACCCGCCUCUGCAUUUUUGUCCGUGGUGAAGCAGGCAAGGAAGGAAUAAAUAUCCUAGCAAGUUUACCCAUGCUGCUCUCUCUUACUGUUACCUUAUCCAAUGACCUUGAUGGAGAUCCAGGCAUCCUCUACGCAAGGCAUGCAAUCAGCAGACAAGGAUUCCAGCGUUUGGUCAAGUUUAAUUUGGGCUGUUGGCGCGAGACGGCAUUGGAGUUUGAGCCGGGAGCCAUGCCAAAGCUGGAAAGGCUCAAGCUGGAACUGAUGGCACGGUGCCAGUUCAAGUUUGGGGAAGGUGGCCUCGUCCUUGGGUUGCAGAACCUGGCAGGGCUCAAACAUCUGGCUAUAGAUAUUAACUGCGGCGCUGCUGUUGCAGACGAGGUGGAGGCUUUGGAGGAUGACAUCAGGGGCGCAGCAGCCGUCCAUCCCAACUGUCCCAUACUCCAGAUCCAAAGAAUUCGUCCCCAUCAGCUCACUAAUGGAGAUUCAGGCAUCGUCUACCCAAGGAACGCAAUCAACCCACAAGGAUUUCAGCGUUUGCUCAAGUUUCAUUUCCGCAGUUAUUGGUGUGACGCGGCAUUGCUGAUGAGGUGGAGGCUUUGGAGAAUGACAUCAGGGACGCAGCAGGCGUCCAUCCCAAUAGUCCCAUGCUCCAGGUAA